AUGGCAACAUGCCCGUUGUACACGUCUGAGCAGGUUGACAAUUGUGCAUUUGCCGCUUGGUAUCCAAACUUUAAACGCGUAUGCAUCAGGGGUGAGAUCGUGCGACUUCCACCUGCAUUCAUAUCCUUGCUGCUAGCGGACGGAGUAACGCUUCCGUCGGCAUCAAUGAUGUCCGGGAUCGAAGAUGAUGAAGAGGAGGCGGUGAAAAAGCUUACUAACGAACAGUCUCGAGUCAUUUCGAGUAUAAAGGAGCAGGUAGAAAAGAUUUUGAGCGACUACGGUGGUAGGCUCUUUCUAAAAACCAAUUGGAGUGCGCCUCGUGAUGCUUCGUGGAUGCUCGGCACGCUCAAGUGCACCAGCUUUGAAGACGUAAUGCUACUGCUACAAUCCUCGGACUUUGUUGUCCAUGACCUCACACAGCCAUAUAUUGGCUGUUGCGAUAUUAACAAGGACAAAUCGCCAACAGAGAGUUAUUUAGUGCUCAAAAAGUGGUGCAAUUUUCUGGACUCAAUGCUGUUCCGAUGUUUUGUCGCUGGUCAUCGUCUUGUGGCCGUAUCGCAGCGUAAUUGUAGCGAAUUCUAUGAAUUUUUACUAGACCAGCAGGACGACUUAUGCGAAUUGCUGUACAAAUUUUACCAGGAGAAUUUUUGCACGCGUGGAGGAACGUUCGUCUUUCCCGAUCCUAACUACAACUUCGAUGUGUACGUUGAUAAGCGUCGACGCGUCUACCUUCUAGACAUCAAUGUUUUUGGUGAGAUCACUGAUCCACUGCUUUUCUCGUGGGAGGAACUACAAGAGUUGCAAAAAGACAACCUUGUAAUGUUACGGGAUCCAGAAAGUCACCAUGAGGUUGACUUUCGGGUCGUCGAAUCCAGGACGGGCAUCCGUGCAAAUCCACUGAGUGGAUAUCGUGCCCCCACAGACUUUGUAGACCAUCUUGCUAACGGGGCUGGUUUUGAUGCAUUUAUGAAGCAAGUUAAACAUGACAACGAUGACAGCAGCAGCGAUCAAAUGGAAUAG